AUGGCCCGGACCCGGCAGACCAUUCGCAAGAGAACCCGCGCACCGUCCCACCUGAUCCACCAUCCACCGGAAGAGCCUGAGCAGGACGAGCCUAAGCAGGAGGAGUCUGAGCAGGAGGAGCCUGAGCACGCUCCUGAGUUUGUGGAGGUUGACAGUGGCAACGACGAUGACGACGACGAUAAUGACUACCACGGCUAUUACGAAGGAGGAUGGGUGGACACCGACACAGAGGAGGAGCCCAUGGAGCUGCCGGAGGACCACCCAGAUGUCGGGGAGGACCCCGAAGAGGAGAAUGCUGCUGGAGGAAAUGGAGCUGAUCCCGACGCUGCUGGAGAGGAGGAUGCAGAAGAACAUGGUGAUGACUGA